AUGAAGGAGAUGAAGCAGCGGAGGAAGAAGGAGCGCACGUGGGCCGAGGCCGCCCGCCUGGUGCUGGAAAAUUACUCUGAUGCUCCUAUGACCCCAAAACAGAUUCUGCAGGUCAUAGAGGCUGAAGGACUGAAGGAAAUGAGGAGUGGCACCUCUCCCCUGGCCUGUCUCAACGCCAUGCUGCACUCCAACUCCCGGGGAGGUGAUGGCCUCUUCUACAAGCUGCCUGGACGUAUCAGCCUCUUCACACUCAAGAAGGAUGCCCUGCAGUGGUCCCGGAAUCUCUCGGUGCCAGAAGGGGAGGAGCUGGAGGAUGCAGUGGAUGCAGAGAGCUGUGGGUCCAAUGAGGCCAGCACUGUGAGUGGUGACAACGAUGUGUCUCUUGACGAAACCUCCUCCAACGCCUCCUGUUCCACUGAGUCUCAGAGCAAGGCUCCUGCUGCUACCCGGGAGAGCUACAGGACUGCCUCCCAGGCAAGCAAACAGAAGAAGAAGACGGGGGUGAUGCUGCCACGUGUUGUGCUGACACCACUGAAAGUCAACGGAGCACACAUGGAGUCUGCCUCCGGCUUCACAGGCAGGCAUGCUGAUGGGGAGAGCAGCAGCACCUCCAGCAGCAGCAGCAGCUCCUUGGCCCUCUGCAAAGCCUCCUUGCGCAGCAGAACAGAAAUCAACAGGGAUCCUCCGCAGCUGCUGAGAGGCAUCCGAAAGCCCACAGCAGGGCAGAUGAAACGAAACCGUGGUGAGGACAUUGACUUUGAAACCCCUGGGUCCAUCCUGGUCAACACGAACCUGCGAGCCCUCAUCAACUCCAGAACCUUCAACGCUCUGCCCUCCCACUUCCAGCAGCAGCUGCUCUACCUCCUUCCUGAGGUGGACAGACAGGUGGGGGCCGACGGCUUGAUGCGGCUCAGUGGCAGCGCUCUCAACAAUGAGUUCUUCACCCACGCCGCCCAGAGCUGGAGGGAGAGGCUGGCUGAUGGUGAAUUCACCCACGAGAUGCAAGUUCGAAUUCGGCAGGAGAUGGAAAAGGAAAAGAGAGUGGAGCAAUGGAAGGAGAAAUUCUUUGAGGAUUACUAUGGACAAAAGUUGGGCUUGACCCAAGAAGAAUCCCAGGAGCAGAAUCUGGUGCAGGAAGAUGCAGAGAACAGGACAGGGCUGGCUGUGAAGGGGGAGGCUCGGGUGACGCGCGGCCCCGCGGCUCGGCAGCGGGAUGGACGCUUCCGGAAGCGCUCGCGGCCGGACCUGCGCUGCAGGGCCAGGAGGAGCCUCUACAAGCUGCGGGAGGCUGAGCAAGCAGAGGCCUCCAAGGAGGCUGCUCCUGCAGCCCCAGAUUCCUCCCUUCACAAAGAGACCAAGCCCGAGGCAGAGCUGAAGAAGGAGGACCCGCUGAGCCCUUCGGCUGCGGCGCUGAAGCCGGAGAGUUCCGAAUCCCAUCUCUCUCCAGAGGCUUCCAAACUCCACGGGAAAUCUGAAGAGCCCUCCUUGGCAGCUGCCAACAGAAUUCCCACUUUGCCCCAGGAGAACUCUGCUCGGGAUUCCAAGGACCAGAAGAGGAAAUGCUUUGAGGAGGCUGCCUCUGCAUCCUUCCCCGAAAAGAAGCCCCGGCUUGAAGAUCGUCAGUCCUUUCGUAACACAAUUGAAAGUGUUCACCCAGAAAAGCCACAGCCUACUAAAGAGGAGCCCAAAGUCCCACCCAUCCGGAUUCAACUUUCACGUAUCAAACCACCCUGGGUGGUUAAGGGUCAGCCCACUUACCAGAUCUGCCCUCGCAUCAUCCCCAGCUCGGAGCCCUCUGGCCGGGGCCGCAGUGGCGCCAGGACCCUCGCAGACAUCAAAGCCAGGGCCCUGCAGGCCCGAGCCCAGCGGGAGGCUGCCGCAGCCGCUGCCAUCGGAGGGGGUGGUGGCCCAGGGGGAGGGAGAAGCCCUGACGAAGGAGGCGGAGGAGGAGAAGGCAGCAGCCGGCCCGGGCACAGGAGAUCCAAGAGGACUCGCGGAAAGCGUUCGGCAGAUCUGCAGCGAGCACAACUACUGUCGCCUCGCCAGCUGAGGGGGCAGCAGCUGCACUCCCAGCUGCCUGCUCGGGAGGAUGACUCCAAGGCCUUCCUCUCCUCCAGGCCAGGCUCCUUCUCCUCAGCUGGCGAGGGAAGCGGAGCUGCGGAGCACGGUGCGGGCGCUGGCUCAGGGGAGGCUCAGCCUGCUAGUGGGUCACCUAGAAGGGCCUGUGAGGAUUUGACUGGGUCAGCAACUUGUGAGAGACAGGAGAAGGGCCCUGAGCAGCUCCCCUCUGACCCAAGGACCAAAACCCCAUCCUGUGGAGCACCACAGGAGGGGCAGAGGAGGGAGCCAAGCAGUGUGGUUCCUCCAGUGAACGGCCUGUGGUGUUCUCAGGUGCAGGGAGCUGCUGUGCUUGGUCCUGGGGCAGGUGGGCUUGGGUCAGAACUCAAAGCUGGUGGUGGUGCUCCUGCUGUCCAGCUGGCUCAGCACUCCAGCCUGAAGGGAAAUGCUUCCAGCUGUCCUGCUCUGCUGCCAGAAUUGUCACCAGCUGGUAAAGAAUGCCACCAGCCAGAAAAGGUGUCUAGGUUUAGAGUGAAUGGCUCAGAGACACUGGUGGAGAAAGGUGGCACUGGCAGUGGUGACUCCAAAGCAGUGGAGCAGGAGGUCCCUGGCCUGGGCAGCUUUGCAGACCUGCAGGCAGAGAGAGUGAGUGAGGGCAAACUAUGGCAUGAGGAACAGAAGAUGGAGUCUGUGGUGGAACCUCCCCACGAUGGCCUUGUUUCUCAGAACAGGAUCAAUACCUCUGACAAUCUGCAGCUGAGGGACAGGUGCCCCAGAACAGGACCAGAAGAUGCCCAUCAGGGAGAGCCUGAAGAGCUGCAGCCAAAGGGAGAUGCUGAGGUGCAGAGCACACACAGCGAGACGACAGACACCGCUUCUGACUUGGAAGCUGAGGAGAGCACAGAGCUGGAUGCCUGUGGCAGAGGUGGUGGCUGCAGGGAGCUGGCUGGGAAGGGCUCCUCUUGUGGCAGCAGCACUGAGGGCUGUGACAGGAUCAGCUCAGGACCACCUGUGGAAGCAGAGGGCCUGGUCUGUGCCGGGGCCUUCCCCGAAGCGCUCAGCACCACAGCUGCAGCUCAGAGGUGGGCAUCACACGCACCAAUGCCCCAGAAAGCUGAGAGGCCAGGAGGUCCUGCUCAGUCUGUGUCCUCUGUGGAAACCAACAACCCCCUGGUGAUGCAGCUGCUGAAGGGGAAGCUUGCUGUGGAAGAAGCUCUCCCAGGCUCUCCCAGCACCGCCAAGCUGGAUGUGGCACAGCCGGCGCUGGACACGCGGUCGGAAAGCCUCUCCCUGCCAGUGGAGAGAGGCAGCAGUCGCUGUUUGGCCAAGGAAUCUCCUCCAGAUGUAGGAAUAAAGACAAGUGCCCGAAGCAGGAGUGAUGACUUCCACUCAAUGAGAUCUUCUGGAGAUCCCCAGGAGAAGUGUGGGUCAGGGGCAGCAUUGCCUAGAGCUGAGGGUGCAGAGCAUGAAUCUGUUCUAGAAAAACAUUCCAAAGUUGGGUCAGCUUUAAGCUGCCAAGACCAAGUGGCAAGUGUGGCAAGUGCCUCUCAGAAGCCUGAAGAUCUGGGACCUCUGGGAAGAACAUUUCCCUCCUGUAGCUUUGAGGAGCAGAAGGAGUUGCCCAAGGUCCAUCGGGUGCCACAGCACAACCUCUUAACGACCAUCACCACAAAUAAAAGCCCAGAGAAGCUGAAAGCAUCUACAGAGCCUCAGUUUUUAUCUCCAACUAUCCCUUCUCUUGGUCCAAAUCAGACAGGAGGUGCAUCAGGCAGUAAAAAUUACAUUGGGGUUCAAGGCAAGAAGCUCUUUGGCUCUGGCUUCCCUUGCAGCCCCAGCGUUCGCCUGCAGCACCCCAGGGCUUUAGAUCCUGCUUCAGCCAUGGGAGCCUCAUCCCCCAGCAAGCAGAGUCCUCUGGAGAAGAGCUGUGUGGCAGGAGAGGGCUCGGUGGCUGCGAGGGAUGGGUGGAUCUCAAAGCACCACAGCACCCCCCUGGGAGCAGGCAAGACCGAGAAGGGCUCAGCGUGCAACAGCCUGGCCAAGAGCAACGCCGAGAACAGGAGCGGCGCGGCCGGGACCCCCGCGGAGCUGUGGGAGCCGCCGCAGGGCGGUCCCCUGGCCAGGGACCUGCCCUUCCUCAAGCUUUCCAGGGAAGCAGGAAAGGGACAGAGUCAGCCAUUGGAGCCUUCUUCCAUCCCCUCUCAGCUCAACAUCAAGCAGGCGUUUUACGGGAAGCUGUCGAAGCUGCAGCUGAAGCCCGGCAGCCUGGGCUGCUCCCCGGGGGCUCCGGCGUUCCCCCGCAGCCUGGCCGGCAGCGUGGUGCAGCUGAGCCGCAGGGCCAGCCGCGGCGCCGCCCUCUCCGUCCAGAUGUUUGCUGACAGCAGCAGCAUGGAGGAGAUCUCCUUCAAGUGCUCCUGCAGCCUGAAAGCCAUGAUCAUGUGUAAAGGCUGCGGGGCCUUCUGCCACGACGACUGCAUAGGACCCUCCAAGCUCUGUGUACUGUGCCUUGUGGUGAGAUAA